GACAGAAAGGCUGACUUGUCACCUUGCACCAUGAUGCGGAGUGAUCAGGAAGACGACGAGUACGAGGACAGCUACGAAGGUUCUGAGGAGGACCCGGACGAAACCGACUCUGAGGAUGAGGAGUCGGACGAGGAGAGUGAGGAAGAGGGAUUCCUUGGUGCCCGUUACGCUGCGGUUGAUCAGAUCAUGCGCGGUCAAGCCACAGGUUCAAGCACUGAUGGAGCUGGUGAGAGACUGGCACGAUCUGUGACUUGGCCAGGUCAAGUCUUCAAAAGGUCCGCGCUGCGGAGGAGCUCCGAACCCUACCAGCGAAAAUCCGUUUCGUUCGCGGAGGAGCUGGUGGACACGAAGGAAUUUGUUGCUUUCCAGGGUUCUCCGGCGAGCUCUGACAGCUCACCAGUUGCAACAGCAGAGCCAUACCGCAACAUGCCGGUCGAGAUGGAUCCUGAGGCUCUUGAAGGUGCUGCAUUUUCACGUUUCAGAAAUCUUAUGACACCGACAGAGAUGGAAAGUCCUCAAGAAGGUCUUCCUGGCAAGGCAGCUGGUGCGGAUGGAGUUGGUUCGUUGCAGGAGUCUUCCACGUUUUCCACGACAGCGGCAGAGGUGGACGUGCAGAGCCACUGUGCAGAGGAUGAAGAUGCUGCGCUGCCAGAGCACGAGCCAGCUGAUGAAGCAAGCGUCCUAAAUGUUCUGGAGGCCAAGGAGGAUGAAAAGGAGGAGAAAAAGGAUGAGGAAAAGGACGAGGAUGAAGAACUCACUGCAUCAUUGGUUGCUGGCGCCUCUGUAGCAUCAGAUGCAGAGCAGCCAGAGGGGGAACCAUCCAGCUUGGACCAAGCUUAUGGUACAGAGGAUGAAGAACUGGCUGCGUCAUUAGUUGCUGGCGCCUUUGUGGCGUCAGAUGCAGAGCAGCCAGAGGGGGAACCAGUGGACGGGUCUGGCUCGGAUGGCGAGGAUCUUCUUGAGACCUUGGAUCAUGUACCGCCUAAACCGGAAUCUGAUCUCCAAGCUUCUGCAGGAAUCGCUGGCUUCCCAUCAACACUGGGAACCUUUGAUAUGGAGGCUGCAGGGCGAGCUGAUUGCGCCAUGCAUGGCACACCUGGUCAGCACAGUGACUCAGAUGUGCAAACUGACGACAGCCUUGCGGUCCAACAACCAACUGUGGAAGAGGCUGUGAAGAAGAUGAGCAGCAAAGAACAGAUGGCAGCAAAGAUGGAGGAGAGGCGGCGGAAGCUUGAAGGUCUGCUUCCACAAGAACCUCGGGAGGCAGAACCGCUGGUACAGCACUUCUUCGAG